AUGCCCAAAGCUUUGUCAACAAGGAUUAUUGGUGGUAUUUGGUGGUUUUUCACCCUUAUAAUCAUAUCAUCCUACACCGCCAACCUCGCUGCCUUCCUCACAGUGGAAAGAAUGGAGACGGCCAUUGAUUCUGCUGAUGAUUUGGCAAGACAAACCAAGAUAGAAUAUGGAACCGUUCUUGAUGGAGCCACUAUGAAUUUUUUCAAAAAAUCUCACAUCUCGACCUUUGAGAAGAUGUGGGCGUUCAUGAGCAGCAAGCCAUCAUCGCUCGUUAAGAGUAACGAGGAAGGCAUCCAGCGAGUUCUCUCAUCUGACUACGCUCUGCUAAUGGAAUCAACAGCUAUUGAAUAUAUAACUCAGAGGAACUGCAAUCUGACUCAGAUUGGAGGACUCAUAGAUUCAAAGGGUUAUGGAAUUGGGACACCCAUGGGAUCUCCAUAUCGAGACAGGAUCAGCAUUGCCAUUCUUCAACUGCAGGAGUCUGAUGAAAUUCACAAGAUGAAAGAAAGGUGGUGGAGAGCCGGAGGUUGCCCAGAGGAAAAAAAUAAGGAGGCCAGUGCCCUAGGCAUCCAAAACAUGGGAGGCAUUUUCAUUGUGUUAGCAGCGGGACUUAUCCUUUCUGUAGUCGUCGCAGUGGCAGAAUUUAUAUACAAACUAAGGAAAACUGCUGAACGAGAGCAGCGCUCUUUCUGCAGUACAAUGGCAGAUGAGAUCCGACUAUCCCUUACCUGCCAACGGCGUGUCAAACACAAGCCACAGCCUCCUGUCAUGGUGAAGAGUGACGCAGUAAUUAACAUGCACACUUUCAAUGAUAGGAGACUUCCAGGAAAAGAUAACAUGACCUGCAAUACUGGAUUAACACCAGUGUUCCCAUAG